UUGAAGUGCAUUUCUGGGGAGGAGGGUCUUCCAUAAUUUGGGCUGCAGUCUGCGGCCAUCGAUUGCGAUCUCUCCUCCGGCAAGUGUGAAAAGUUUUCCACUUCAAGUCGGCAAAUCUCAGCUGCUAAGUUCCUUGGUUAUGCUAAUGAGCCAAACUUUGGCCACUCCGAUCGUUGGCAUGUCUAUAAUUGAAAGUUCUGUCUGUUUUCGGUUGGUCGGAGGUGACUGGAGUGCUCUGCGGAUGGAACAAGGUCACUCCAGGGAACCCCACCCAUCCGAGACACACCCAGUGUCGAACAAGCAAAUCAUAUUUUUAGUUUAGAGCCCCUUCCGACUGAUAAGAUAUCACCUCGGCCAAAGGUUAUAAGAGGCCCACGGAGCAUCGCUGGCUGGGCAUACAGGUUGCUAGCCCGGCAUGAAGUACUCUACCCUGCUCGUAGUGGGUCUCCUUUUGGCCCUCGUCCUCGGCGGCGAAGCCAAGUCCAAGUCCAAGACCAAGUCCAAGUCCAAGAAGAACAAGCAGAAGGAGGCGAUCCUGCCUCUCGCCGAAUCCUGCAAGCCGGAAAACUGCAAGCUGCCCGACUGUCGCUGCUCCGAUGCAGUUCUCCCCAGAUCCAAGUUCCAGGGAAAGGAAAACGAGAUUCCACAGUUCGUGACCAUAACCUUCGAUGAUGCAGUGAACGCAGUGAACUACGCCCAGUACGAGCUGCUCUUCGAGGGACUGACCAAUCCGGAUGGCUGUGAUGCCGCGGGCACCUUCUUCCUCUCGCACGAAUACACGGACUACGUGAGAGUGAACGCCCUCUACCGGGCGGGCCACGAGAUCGCCCUGCACUCGGUGACCCAUGGCGACGGCACGGACUACUGGCGGUCGGCGGACGUGGCCACCGUGGAGCGGGAGUUCGGGGCCCAGCUGAAGAUGCUGGAGACCUUCGCCAAGGUGGACCCCAAAAGGGUCCAGGGAAUGCGACUGCCCUUCCUCCAGAUCUCCGGCAACAACACCUUCGAGGCAGCCCGUCGCCUGGGCCUGAGCUACGACAGCUCCUGGCCGACGCAGCAGUUCAAGGACCCGGCCAUGUGGCCCUACACCCUGGACUUCAAGUCCAAGCAGGACUGCCAGAUCGGCCCCUGUCCGGAGGCCUCGAUCCCCGGCCUCUGGGUCAAUCCCAUGGUCACGUGGACCGACACCGAGGGCUACAGCUGCUCCAUGAUCGAUGCGUGCGUGUAUCCGCCGGAGGACGACGUGGACGAGCUCUUCGACUGGAUGCUGGAGAACUUCAACAGGCACUACCAGGGCAGCCGGGCUCCCUUCGGAAUGUACCUGCAUGCCGCCUGGUUCUCACGGGGUCGCAGCUACUUUGGCGCCUUUAAAAAAUUCAUCAACCACCUGAACACCUACUCGGAUGUGUACUUCACCGGCAUUUCGCGGAUGCUGGAGUACGUGAAGCGGCCCGUCCUGGGCGCCCCGUUCAAGGACUGUCCCGAGCUGCCGGAGGCGGAGUGCCGGGCGGUCCAGUGCCGAGUCCAGAAGAUGUCCACCGGCGAGGAGCGCUACAUGACCGUGUGCGACAAGUGCCCGGCCGUCUAUCCCUGGCUGGACAAUCCUCUAGGACAGCAGCUGUAG